AUCUGGCAACAGCGGCGGUAACGAACGCCAUUUUACAAGCGUCUCGCGAUUGUUUGAGAAACGCUCUUGUGGAGCGAGUGUUUUUAACACGGUAGUACGAGUGAAUUUUCAUCUCAAGUUCAAAACUUGGAAGCCGGCGGUAUGGGUGAUUACCAAGUAGCAGGUGUCCAGCAAGAUGCUCUCGGUGCUGUUCAGCUGGAACUCGGAGGGAACCCGAACGCAUUGGCGUUGCGGCGGCCGUUCGACCCGUUGGCUCACGACUUGGAAGCAAGUUUUAGGCUGACGCGUUUCGCGGAUCUGAAGGGCCGCGGAUGCAAAGUGCCCCAGGAGGUGCUCAAUAAGCUCGUCGAGGGCCUCCAGCAGGACUACAACUCGGCCGCCGAGCAUGAACAUGCUCAUUUCAUGCAUAUGGCCAUUCCGCGCAUCGGAAUCGGCCUUGAUUGUUCGGUUACUCCUUUACGCCAUGGAGGUCUGUGUCUCGUCCAAACCACUGACUUCUUCUAUCCUUUGGUGGAUGACCCGUACAUGAUGGGCAAAAUAGCAUGCGCCAACGUUCUGAGCGAUCUGUACGCCAUGGGAGUGACAGAGUGUGACAAUAUGUUGAUGCUGCUCGGAGUCAGCACCAAGAUGACCGAGAAGGAGAGAGACGUUGUCAUUCCUCUGAUCAUGAGGGGAUUUAAGGAUUCGGCUCUUGAAGCUGGUACGACUGUGACAGGAGGCCAGACAGUUGUGAAUCCAUGGUGUACGAUUGGAGGUGUGGCCACGACAGUGUGUCAACCCAAUGAGUACAUUGUACCCGACAAUGCUGUUGUUGGGGAUGUGCUGGUAUUGACUAAGCCAUUAGGAACACAGGUUGCUGUGAAUGCGCAUCAAUGGCUGGACCAACCGGAACGAUGGAAUAGAAUCAAGUUGGUUGUUAGCGAAGAGGAUGUAAGGAAAGCGUACCAUCGAGCGAUGGAUUCCAUGGCCAGGCUGAACCGCAUCGCGAGUCGGUUGAUGCACAAAUACAACGCGCACGGAGCCACAGACAUCACAGGUUUCGGUCUACUAGGUCACGCGCAAACGUUAGCCUCCCAUCAAAAGAACGAAGUAUCGUUCGUGAUCCACAACUUGCCAGUGAUCGCGAAGAUGGCCGCGGUGGCGAAAGCUUGCGGCAACAUGUUCCAGCUGUUGCAGGGUCACUCAGCGGAAACGUCGGGAGGACUGUUGAUCUGCCUGCCCAGGGAGCAGGCUGCGGCGUAUUGCAAGGAUAUUGAAAAGCAAGAGGGCUACCAGGCUUGGAUCAUCGGUAUUGUAGAGAAAGGAAACCGAACAGCUCGCAUCAUCGACAAGCCGCGAGUGAUUGAAGUGCCAGCAAAAGAAUAAAUUUAAAAUUUAACAAGUAUUUUUUAACUUGCGACCUACAAACGUCGUACGUUCGAUGAUUCCCACACACAGCUUGUAGGUUUUCUUUCCAAGCAUUUUACUUUUCAUUCAUGUAUGAGCUUUCGUUUCCGUCAUCUCAGAAUUUUAUGAAUUUGAAAUGUUUUUUUCUUUUCAAACUGUCUGAAGUGAAUGUCGCAUUAUGGUAAUUUUUUUGAGGUCGUGGAAAAUGUGUUUGAAUGUUCUGUUUUGCAGAUUAUAUUUUAGUAGGUUAUAUAGAUACAAAUGUUCGAUGGUAAUAUUUUGUAUAAUAAUUUUCCAAUAUAAUUAUAAUUACAC